AUGGAAAGAGCCGUAAAGAGAUGGCUAUCAACCUCGACCGACCCACCAUCAAUACAUCCACCUCAAGACUUAGCCCAAAAGCUCAACAAAUCCUACACCAUCUACGGCCCCAUGCUCCUCCUCCCACCAACCGCCUUCUCAGGCCCCGGGCCCGAAUGGGAGAAUGUUAAUCAAGCCUUCCAGGCCCACGACGCCACCAUAACAAGACUGUACGAAUACAUCUGCAAAGAAGUGAAAGUCACACACAUCGCCCUCAACAAACCGAUUCCGCUGCAUAACACCGCCAAAGAAGACGACCUAGAGGCAAAAGAAUCCUUCAACAAUCUCCGCUCCCCUCACAACUUCCACCCUCUCUUCGCCCUCCCAGGCUACUCUUUCGGUCCUAGUACGGCCCAUUCCCCACCCACGCACGAGGACCUCACCUCCGCCCUCUGGAUCACGGCAAAACAGAACUCCAUCUACCAAACGUGGUCGCCCCGCUGGACAAUGUUCAGCCGUGGCAACAUUUCCGAAAAGGCUCGACUCCUCACCCUCCCUUCCGUCCUCCAAGCUGUGGAAGAGGGCGAGUGCACUGCUGUGGAUCUCUAUGCGGGGAUUGGGUACUUUGCAUUCAGCUAUGUGAAAGCGGGGGUUGGUAAAGUCCUGUGUUGGGAUCUGAGUACGUGGAGUUGUGAGGGGUUGAGGAGAGGGGCGGAGCGGAAUGGAUGGAAGGUGGGGAUGUUUGAGGGGGGUGAGGAGGGCGUUGUGGAGGAUGGGGCGAGAUUGGUGGUGUUUAAUGAGAGUAAUGAAGCUGCGCCGCAGAGGGUGGAGAAGAUGAGGGCGAGAUUGCCACCCGUGAGGCAUGUCAACUGCGGGAUGCUGCCGAGUUCGAGGGAUUCAUUGAGAUUAGCGGCUAGUGUGUUGGAUGAGGGUCAUGUUGGGUGGGCGCAUGUGCACGAGAACUUUCUGGUGGAGGAGAUUGAGCAGAAGGCGGAGGAGACGCGGAGAGAGUUGGAGAGUUUGCUGAGGCUACAGCGAGGAGGUGAAGUAUCGACAAAGGUCGAGUUCAUCAAUCGCCUGAAGAGCUAUGCUCCUGGCGUUAUGCAUUGCGUGAUAGAUAUCGUCGUGUAUCCCAGAGAUCCGUCUUAG